AUGACACGUCUCUGUCGGUCGCCAUUGGGGCUGGUUGCCAUCCUUUGGGCAGCCGUCAACGUCUCGGCCGGGCCUUCGGUCAAUGUGCACAUGCAGGCGGCCUUUCCGGCUGGUCCCUACCUCCUGGAACUUUUGGAGACUGCUGCUGGCGAGAAUGCUACGUCCUACUUCCCACUACUCGACCGCAUUGCUAGCGGGCACUUCAAGGAUUCAUCUACCCACAAGGCGCUGUACGACGACUUUCUUCAGCUUCUACAGGAUGAAGGCCAUGUCAGCAGCCCUGAUGCCUUAUCAACCUUCAAGCUCGCGCUAUCCAUGAGGUUAUCGGCACCACGAAUCGAAGCCCAUUAUCAGUAUUACGACACCGCUAUCGCGCCACAUGUAACCGGGGGAAAGCAGCAGGACUGUGAAAUCUGGCUCCAGUUCGCGGGGUCCCAAUACUGCUCUCCUACACUGGAGAAACCUGAAAUGAGGGUUUCCAGUAUCGUCAAAUUGCUUCCUUUCGAUCGCGUGAUAGGAACAGGCACCGACGCUGUUCUUUACGCAGAUCCUGCGUCAAGUGCAUUUGGUGCUUUUCAUCAGGCACUAGCGCAAAAAGCACGGAACGGCGAGAUCUCAUACCGGCUUCGCUAUCGCAGAGCUGUGGGCGCCCCGCAAGAGCCACUACCCGUCAAUGGUUAUGGCGUUGAGCUUGCCUUGAAGAGGACUGAUUACAUUGUUAUCGAUGAUCGUGAGGCUCAAACGGAUGGCCCGCAGAAGUCCAUCGCCACAGAGGUCGUCCUUGAUGAGGAGGAGGAAGUCGAAGACCUCAAACCUCUUUCAACAUCUGACCUGGCGCCGCUGGGUCUCAAGGCUGCGUCUUUCAUCACUCAAAGCCAAGAUCCCUGGGAUGCUUUGCUCAAACUGACACAAGACUUUCCCAAAUUCUCUUCGUCGCUUGCUACCCACGAAGUGUCUGAGGACUUCCUCGCUGAGCAUGACAAGAACCGCGCUGAAAUGGCACCCAGCGGCCUGAAUGCUCUGUGGAUGAAUGGCGUGCAGCUUACUGAGCGCCAAAUUGAAGCAUUCACUUUGAUCGAUAUGCUUCGUCGAGAAAGAAAGUUGAUUGGCAACAUUCGAAAUCUUGGACUGACCGGCCAGCAAGCUGCUUUGCUCUUGGGACAUCCCAAAGUUGCCUCGGCGAAGAACGACGAUGAGCCGCCGAGAUUUGAUUGGCGUGACGAAAUCGAAGAGGGCAAGGUCAUCAUUUGGCUCAACGACCUCGAGAAGGAUGCCCGCUACGAAGACCUGCCCUCUGAAUUAACUUCGCUGCUUCAACGCACAUACCCUGGCCAAUUGCCUUCGAUUCGCCGCAACAUAUUUACCCUCGUUGUUCCGGUCGAUUUGACCAACCCUGGGGAUGUGACUGUCAUCAGCAAUCUUUUCACUUUCGUGGAACGUCUGCUCCCGGUCCGCUUCGGCUUGGUUCCUUUGACACCCAGUGAUGACAAGGCCGCUCAGGCCAAGGUUGUGUAUCACUUGAUGCAAAACUAUGGUCCCGAGGCCAUGAUAGCCUACCUCCAACAGUCCGUCGAAGACGCGAAAAUCUUCAAUCCUGACCAGAUCAUCUUUGAUCGAGUUGUGGCCGAGUCCGUCGCUCUUCCCGGGGCAUCUACUGCUUCCUUCGAUGACGUUAUGCAGUCCGAGGAGCAAGCAGAACGCAUCAAGCUUGCUCAACACUGGGUCAAGCGCCUCAACGCUGGGACAACAAUUCCACCAUUUUUCUUGGACGGCUUGCUGCUUCCUCGAGACAAGGGGUGGCUUAGGACGAUGAGCAUGAAAAUCGGCGGGGACCUUCAAACAAUUCAGCAAGGUAUCUACAUGGGCCUGAUUGAAGAAGACGAGUGGGUUCCCGGCCGCUUUCUCAAGGGCGCUCUCAGUCGUCGUAACAGCUACAUCUAUCCUGAGGAUGAGAAGUCCAUCCAAAUCCUUGAUGUCAAUAAGAUAUAUGCGGAACACGACAAUCUCUUUUCUGCGGUACCUGUCAUCCAGGGCUAUGCUGAGGCCACCAAGGAAACAUGGGCAGCCCUGACAAUCAUCAGCGACCUCGCAACGCAGGCCGGAAGGGACUUGCUGUUCGCGGCGCUGCGAUUUCAGCGUGCCAAUCCCGGCAUUCGUCUUGACAUUGUGCACAAUUCAGCCUCGUCUACGACCGGGCCACUCAUCAAUGCCGCUCUGAGAAAGGAGGAGAGCGCUUUGACUGAAGUAGAGACCCCAGAGCAGCUGAAGGCCAUACUCGAUGCAGCUGAGACUGGGUCUGAGGGGGACUAUAUGAUCGCCCUCGCACCAUUCUUGUCAGCCGCCACCAUCGCACCUGGGGCUAACGCACUCAUUCUCAACGGUCGAGUCAUCGGUCCGAUAACCGAGGACCUUCCUUUCGAUGAGGAUGACUUCCAGCUAUUUCUUGAAUUCGAGCAAACAGCACGAAUCCUCCCUGUGUAUGCCGCACUCGAGGAUCUCAGCCUGGGGGAUCGUCUAUCUGGACCCCUUGCGGCUGCCAAGCUGACAUCUAUCACGGCACUUUCAACCAUCUCGGAUGUGCCUGAGGGCAUUUUCGAGUCGGCCUCUACUGUGCGUGUAAAUGCAUUUGAUGCUUGGGAUUCGAAAUACACUGCAAUUGAGGUCGGAAACGCGGAAACCGCAAGCAUUCAUUUGAUCGGUCUUCUGAACCCCGUCAGCGAGCAGGGUCAGCGGUGGGCUCCGAUCCUCAAGGUUCUCUCUGAGCUUGAUGGCGUCUAUGUCAAGCUGUUCCUCAAUCCUAAAGAGGAGAUCAGCGAGCUGCCAGUGAAGCGAUUCUUCCGUUACGUCCUCGACUCCGCGCCGAGCUUUGACGAGUCGGGUAAGGUUCGCGCCCUAGGUGCCACGUUCAAGGGUCUUCCGAGUGAGGCUCUGCUUACGACCGGCAUGGACAUCCCUCCUUCGUGGCUCGUGGCUCCUAAGGUCUGUGUUCACGACCCGGACAACAUCAAGCUGAGCUCUACCAAGGGCGAUGUGAACGUCAUCUAUCAACUCGAAAACAUUCUCAUCGAGGGUCACUCUCGCGAAGGCAAAGCUGGCCAGCCUCCUCGAGGUGCUCAAGUAGUCCUCGGCACGGAAAAGGAGCCGCUCUUAGCCGACACCAUCAUCAUGGCGAACCUGGGAUACUUCCAAUUCAAGGCCAAUCCCGGCUUCUACAAUAUCAACUUAAAGGAUGGCAAAACAACUGAGAUUUACACCGUUGAAAGCAUAGGCGCGCAAGGCUGGGCGCCGGUGCCUGGCGAUGAGGGCACCGAGGUUGCGCUGAUGGACUUCCAGGGCACCACACUCUACCCCCGCUUGAAGCGCAAGCCUGGCCAGGAGAAGGCCGAUGUGCUGCAAGAAGACGAGGCAGUGGAGGAUGGGGGUAUUAUCUCCCAAGGUCUCAAAUUCGCCGAAAGCCUACUCGGCGGUUCCACCAAAUCCCUCUCGGCGCAGGAACAUGCCGACAUCAACAUAUUCUCCGUGGCCAGCGGUCAUUUAUACGAGCGCAUGUUGAACAUCAUGAUGGUUAGUGUCAUGAAGAACACAAAGCACACGGUGAAGUUCUGGUUCAUCGAGCAGUUCCUAUCGCCCUCAUUCAAGGAUUUCAUCCCUCACUUGGCAGAAGAGUACGGCUUCAAGUACGAAAUGGUCACGUUCAAGUGGCCACACUGGCUACGCCAGCAGAAAGAGAAGCAGCGCGAGAUCUGGGGCUACAAGAUUCUCUUCCUCGACGUCUUGUUCCCGCUGUCGCUCGACAAGGUUAUCUUUGUUGAUGCCGACCAGAUUGUGCGCACUGACAUGAUGGACCUCGUCAAUCACCCGCUCGAGGGCAAGCCCUACGGCUUCACGCCCAUGUGCGACUCGCGCACCGAGAUGGAAGGCUUCCGCUUCUGGAAGCAGGGCUACUGGGCCAACUAUCUCCGCGGCCAACCCUAUCACAUCUCGGCGCUCUACGUCGUCGACCUCCGCCGCUUCCGCGACCUCGCCGCCGGCGACCGCCUGCGCCAGCAGUACCACGCUCUCAGCGCCGACCCGAACAGCCUGGCGAACCUGGACCAGGAUCUGCCGAACCACAUGCAGUUCAACAUUCCCAUCCACAGCCUGCCGCAGGAGUGGCUGUGGUGCGAGACGUGGUGCAGCGAUGAGAGCCAGGCCGAGGCGAGGACGAUCGAUCUGUGCAACAACCCGCAGACGAAGGAGCCCAAGCUCGACCGCGCCAGGAGGCAGGUGCCCGAGUGGACCGUCUAUGACGACGAGAUUGCCGCGGUGGACCGCAGGAGGAGGGGCGUGCCGGAGGAGGUCGUCGAGAAGAACCCCAAGAGCCGCACCUGGGAGGAGCCUAAGAGCACAGGCAAGGAUGAGCUGUAG